UGGUUUAUGUCGAUAGGUUGUCCUUAGCGAUAUCGCUAAGGUUGUGGCAAUCCAAUGUGUAACGUGACACCAACAGGACUGACAAGCCAGCAUAAAAAGGACGAGUCUUUGUCGCUGCCAACAUUGAGUCUCAUCACUGCCAAGAUGGCGUUCGGUCUUCGCGUCUUCUUCCUCCUUUGUGGCAUCAGCGGACUGCUGACUGGAGCUCGGUCCUGGCCUGGCACCAAAAACAAAGGAAGGAACUGUCCUGAAGGCUGGACUCUGUUUGAGGAUCGUUGUUACAUCUACCAAAAUGAAACCAGGACUUAUGUAGAUGCAGAGAGAGCGUGCAACAAUCUCAGUGGGAAUCUGGUGUCCAUCCGCAACGAUCUGGAGAAUACGCUGACUGUUGAACUGAUUCGGGAGGCGGAAGGCGUGAUUUUACUCACCUGGAUUGGACUCCAUGAUGCCCUGGAGGAGGGAGACUUUGUCUGGACUGACGGCUCCAACAGCAAUUUCCGGAACUUUGCAAUUGGUCAGCCUGACGGAUUCGUAGGAAAUGAAAACUGCGUACAGAUUCGACCUUCAGAUGAGUUGUGGAACGAUACCUCAUGCACUGAGGAGAACCCUUCUGUUUGUGUCAGAGAUUUGUACACACCACAUGAAACACCCGCACCACCCACACCAACCACACCACCCACACCCACCAUAACAGCCCCACAAGUUUUUUAAGCUAAUGCUAUAUAGACACGAAAGAGUAAUGGACAGAAGAAAGAUCUACUGUCAAGAAAGCACCUGUGAUGUAACAGCAAGAAAUGUUCCAGAAAUGUUGGAUGUGGCAGAGGAGGGAGGUGUGGAGUAACCAAAAGACAUCAGAACAGAAAUAAA